GGUGCCUUCCUGCGGCCGGUAGACUACUGGCGGUCACACACCGCACGCCUUUUCUUUGCUUCGUUUACCACGAUGUGGUUGUGGAUGAGCUCGGUGCCUCCUCGCCGCGCACCUUCCUCUGAUCCACAUGACAGGUGGAUCAUAUAGAUCCAGGGAAGUUUACCUCCGGCGACCCGAGGAUAGAGGCGGAUAAUAGCGCGGCAGGUCCUACGUCAUGAUGCUGUGAGGCUGCUGCAUGAGGCAGCCUGGGCGAACAUGAUGGAGGAGGCUGCCAGCCAGCUUGAAAGAGACCACGUACACAAUGUCUACGACAAGAUUGCUCCAUAUUUUAACGACAGCCGCUAUAAAGCCUGGCCGAAGGUACGACAGUUCCUGCUGGACCUGCCGGCUGGGAGCAUCGUUGCUGACAUUGGUUGUGGUAAUGGCAAGUAUCUCCACAUCAACAAGGAGGUGUUCAAGCUGGGGUGUGACGUUUGUCGCCCCCUUGUGGAUUUUGCCUGGAGCCAAGGACACGAGGUCCAGAUGUGUGAUGGGCUGCAUUUGCCUUACAGAGACGGCUGCGUCGAUGCUGUGCUGUCUAUUGCAGUCAUCCAUCAUCUGUCCACCAAAGAGCGUCGUAUUCGAGCAAUAAAGGAGAUGGCUCGCACUCUGCGAGUGGGCGGGCGCAUUAUGAUCUACGUGUGGGCCAUGGAGCAGAAACGUCGUAAGUUUGAGAAACAGGACAUCUUUGUUCCUUGGAACCCCAAUCCUCAAUUCCCUCCCGGCUUCAACAAGCCGAGAAGGAGAGCCACAGCACAGAGCGUGAGCGAAGCCAUAGACAACACUGAAAAGCACAGGAAGGUUAGAAGCACAUCCUCUGUGGCAGAUGAAGAAGAUCUGGGCCGCACCACGCCGCGGCAGAGGACACACAAACUGUGGUUCUUCUCCAGGUCCCUGGAUUCCGUGUUCGACUUCGGAAGCUUGGGGAUUUCCCGGUCAUCCUCCAGAGAUGUGAGCACUUUAUCUUCGCCCACAGGGGAAAAUGAGGGGAACAAAUUCAACCUGAGUGGAAGAGGACGAGGGCUUAUCAAGCAAGUCUCAAGCUUCUUUUCCCCUCCGUCUGUGAUUGGAUCAGAGGAGGAUGUCUUUGUCACAGAGCAGCACAAGGGACCGAAUGAUUCUAGAGGCAACAACUCCACUAAUAACAGCAGCUCAGUGUCUUUAGUGCAGGAAUGUGGCUCUCUGCCUCUACCAGAUCUAGUCUCCUUGCAGGGGGAGGACCUGAAGCAGUCUGGAGAUGUAAGAGAUGGAGGGCCGCUGGGAGAAGAGCUGCAGGGAAGCACACAGAGUCCUCAGGGGAGCGAAGGGCAAGUGGAAGGCUCCUGCCUGAGGUAUUAUCACGUCUUCAGGGAGGGAGAGCUGGCAGAGCUGAUAGAGAAUCACGUCGAAGAGCUUCAUGUGAAACACACCUACUUCGAUCAUGCCAACUGGUGUGUGGUGGCAGAAAAAGUUCAGGUAUGGAAAAUAUGACCCUAACUGGUCAUGUUUGAGUUCACUUUGCAUCGCCUCUGCCUCAAGUUUUAGCACUGAAUUCCACAUGUGAGAAUAAUGGCAUUCUUUUAAUUUAAAUGUGCACAUGUAGCCAUUGUUGAAGAGAUAAUUAGCACUGAAAUUCCCCAGUGCUGUCGUUCUCUACUGAACUGUUUGAAAAUGAGAUUAUUAUCCAUAAUUUAUUUAUUUAUUUUACGGCUACGUGUCAGAUAUUUUAGAGAGCACCCACGUUUUUUAUGGAAGUGUUCAACAAUGGCUGUUACUGUAUCAGAUGGUUUUGUUUUUUUUAAUUUUAAUUAUUUAUUCUUUUUCAAUAAAUUAAGCCAACAGGCAGUUUCCAAAUGUACAGUGUGUGAGCGCUCAUGUUUGUCAUUCAGUCACAGUGGGCUGCAUCACUGCUACUGAUUUGUCUUUUAAAAGAACAUUUGUUCUCUUUGUGCUUUAAAUGUGAGCCAAAGAGAAAUGUAUGAAACUACAGUAUACGCUUCCAUCUGCUGUUACCUUUUAAUAUUUCAGUGGAGGAUUCUUGCUUUCUUUGCGUCUCCCUGUUGUAAAAUUGCACGCUGCUUAUCUCUCAUAUCAAGGACAUGCAGCAGGUGUCCCGCUGUGGACGUCUUGGUGAUGCUUUCUGUGAAGCCGCUCGUGUCUCUUUCACUGCACCGUCACACAAGCUUAGAAAUGUGCAGAAUCUCUUCCAAAGCAUUUGUGCCAUUUUCUUGUCUUAUUCUGUUCCAGAGAACAUGUGUGUGUGUGUGUGUGUGUGUGUGUGUGUGCGCGUGCUCUUGAUGUUGAUAUUUCCAAUAGUGGCGUAAUAUCUUGUAACAAGCUGGUAUGUCUCAGCAAAUCAACUGCCUCAUAUACUGUGAAUAAACAUUGCACUCUUAUCACGAGUAUAUCGCUGCUUGAUGUCAGAGACGAGACUUGGAAAAAUCCUGGUUGUUUGUCCCCACUGUGCCAGAGUGGUGCGUUUCUUUAACUGAACAGUUUGUGUGGACCAAGUGGGUUUGUUUUAAGUGGCAAAUAAUGUCUUAUGUGAGCUGAUGUAAAUACUUUGAAUCUGUUUCUUUAUUAAAUGGGUUUUUAGUUCA